AUGGAGGAUCUAGAUAUGGAACUUGAUUGGGCACAGGUGGAUAUUCUGACCAAUACCAGUCCUUCAUUGUUCAACAACUUCACCUAUCCUCCCCAGCAACUCAAUUUACCCACGGACUCCUCCGGAACUAUAGUGACAACAUCAAAUCAGACAACACAGAAUCAGGCACAGAAUAUUGAUCAUACUUUCAACUUCUCUGAGGAAACAAACUCUGGAAACCUUCCGCAACUUCCUGUGGAUGAUAGUUAUCAGUUACCACCAAACUCUUCUUUAGCUCCAUUACCGGAUGAAAUCCAAUCAACCUAUUAUAUACCAUCCAUGGUGGGAUUGGUGAACGAAGGAGCAGGUUCAUCUGUUCAAAACCAAGAUAUGAUUCCAAUGAAUUACAACAAUCAAUUCUCUCUCACUCAGAACAACAAUUUACCUCUGAUGCAUGAUCUUUGUCAACAAAACACAAAUAAUGAGAUGUUGGGAAAAAAUAUCUUAACAAACCAAAAUUUCAGUGAAAUCAAUCAGCAGUCAUCCCCUUAUCCAGGCUUUUUUCAGCAAAAUUCAAUGGAGACACUGGGAGCAGGGAAUGAGUUAACAAAUAGUCAUUUCAUGACUAACCAAAUAUCUUCUGUGUUUGCUCAGAACAAUCAUGCUAUUAAUUCUCAUAAUGCCUGGAAUUCCCAAAGGUCCCUUUGGAUGCAAGAUCAAGGAAACCAGUACAAUCCAUUGUUGCAGAACACUGGUUUUAUGCAGCAUAACAGCUCCUCAUUGAAUGGACCUACAUCUUUGUCCUCAAGCUUCGCAUCUCCUUCAGCACUGAACUCUGCCACUAUGGGGUUUUCUGGUACUAGGCCCACUGAAGGACCAAGCUCACAAAAUUUUAACACCCCAAUGUCUCAUAUUUCAAGUCUUUUAAGACCUGAAAGAGCACAGGGGACGCAACUGCAGCAUCUACCCCCUUUUUCUGUGAACACAAUCACUUCACAGCGUGCUGACAAUGGACUUUCUAUACCUUCAUCUUUUAGGACGCAAACUUCAGUACCAAGUCUAAACAUGCUGAAUCAAAGUGACAGAUCGCUGGUUUCUUAUGGUCCUUACACUAGUCUGCAGCAAAGUCCAAGUCUAAAUUUACAAUAUCCAAGGGGACAGCGAGAACCCCCACGUCGUGGUCGUCCCAGGAAACAUUUUGAACCAGGCGAGGCAUCUUCACCUUAUAAACGUCGAAAGAGGGGUUCAUCCACAAGAGAAAAUGUUGGGAGAUCAUCUUUAUCCCAAGGAAACCAAACUGCUGCUCGUGUAGUGGUAGAAGAUCAGAACCCAACAAACACUUCCUCUGCUGCUGAAACUGCAAGUCCCUUUGUGAAUGCUAUGUAUGAUCCUGCAUUUGAGAGAGCUGGCGUUCCCAUUGACCCCCUUCUCCGGUUAUUCAACGCAUCAAUGUCUGGUAAUUACUUCAAAUAUAAACCAUUCAACUUGUUGGAGUACUAA